GAUCGCAAUUCCAUCAGCGUCGGUACCGCGAGGAAAAUGACGAGCGUGCGCUGAGGCACAUUUGCGCCAGUUUCAGCUGCAUUUUCGCAGUUGGCUCCAUCGGAGACGUUGGGACGUAUCCUCGACCGAAAUCCUCGACCAUAUCGGAAACGAUCGUCGGGAUUCCUCUCCGUGCCCGAUUUGCCGCUCUGAAAGAGGCGGACUUCCUACUCGCUUGGCCGCCCUCGCCCGUUGCCGCAGACCGACCGACCGACCGACCGCUCCGCUCCGUACGGCCGAUCGAGAUUUCUGCCCCAGAGACCCACGUUUCAACGGGGCACGUCUGGGAAGCCCCGACCCUCAUCCGGAACUGCCCCCGCUGUUUGUCUGUAUCGCGCAUUAAAGCCAAGCCGUCCCAGUGGUUCGUCUCUGCCUGUAUGAUGCCGACACAUUUGCGAUUCCGAAGAAGGUCAUUCCUUGGGCUUUUAUUCCUGUUCUCGCUGUCCACCUCCGCGCUGUAUUUCAUCUAUUCAGCCCCCGGUAUCGUGAAUGAAUACGUGUUCAUGGUCCAAGCCAGAGGCAUCCAAUUUAGAGAAAAUGUAAAGAAUAUUGGUGCCCAGGUUCUUGAGCAGGUCGUGAGAGGCGCUUAUAGCGUCAAUGGCACAGACUAUGCCUACGACUUCAAUUUGAGCGAGAGUGCUGCUCCACCUACCACAUACCUACCUGAGGGCUUCACUUAUCUACCCUCACAGAUCUGCCCUGAGAAGUUGCCCUCCAUGAAGGGCACGUUAGAAGUCAAUAUGACUGACAUAGCUCUAGAGGAGGUGGAGAGGUCCUUGCUGAAGGAAGAGCCCACCAUAACCCACGGAGGUUACUGGAAGCCCAAAGAUUGUUUGCCACGCUGGAAGGUGGCAAUUCUAGUCCCUUUCAGGAAUCGUCACGAGCACUUACCCAUCCUCCUCAGACACCUGGUGCCGGUCCUGCAGAAACAGAGGCUCCAGUUUGCCUUCUACGUCAUAGAGCAGAUGGGUAUGGAGCCUUUUAACCGAGCCAUGCUGUUCAACGUGGGGUACAAGGAGGCUAUGAAGGACCUGGACUGGGACUGUCUCGUUUUCCAUGAUGUGGACCACCUCAUGGAGAACGACAGAAACUACUACGGCUGUACAGACAUGCCGCGACACUUUGCUGUCAAACUCAACAAGUACUCCUACAUGCUUCCAUACAAUGAGUUCUUCGGAGGUGUCAGCGGCCUGACUGUGGAGCAGUUCAAACAGAUCAAUGGAUUUCCUAAUGCAUUCUGGGGCUGGGGAGGAGAGGACGAUGACCUCUGGAACAGGGUGCAGUUUGCCAACUAUACAGUGAGUAGGCCACAUGGAGAAGAGGGACGGUAUAUGUCGAUUCCACAUCACCAUCGUGGAGAGGUCCAGUUCUUGGGAAGGUACACUCUGCUUCGUCAUUCCAAGGAGAGGCAGAGCCUGGAUGGUCUCAACAACCUAAACUAUUCACCUGUCCUGUCCAGGAGGCCCCUCUACACCAAUAUUUCAGUUAGUCUGAGCAGAAACCUUGCCCCCAUAGCUGACUACUGACCGAGGCACAGUUUGGGCCAGUGAGGACACAUGGGAAUCAAAGUCCUCUGGGACAUCAGCCAUAUCUCACCAGUUACAGCACUGCUUAGGAUGUUUUAGUUUAUAAAUUGUUUGCUUUGUUUCUUUUGUUUGUAUGCAAAAAAAAAGAGAAAAAAAGGAGAUACACAGAAGUAUGUUGGGUAAAUCAUGUGAGAGAAUGAGGAUGAAUGCUGCACUUGUUUGUGCCACAGUCCAUCACUCCUCUCAUCCGGGCUUCUCUAGUCUUCGGUCUCUACAUGCCUUUUGCACCAUUUUGGCCUUUAGCAUUCAUUAAUUCAUCCAUUUGCUUCCUCAAACAAUCAGGAGUUAAUUUCUCCACCACUGCGUUAGUUUAUGAAAAUCGCUUACCACAUGUAGGCACACGUGUGUACACAUACACGCGUGCGAGCACACACACACGCACACACGCACAGGGUCCCUUGCAUCUUUGAUUUGACUUUGCUUCUGCACUACUUAUUUUCACCAACCAUGCACACAAACACGAGGCAUUUUAACAGACUGGACACUUGCAGCUGGUUCUGCAGACGGUAUGCCAAAUCUACGAACAGACAGAGGACGAAAACGACAAAACGAGUGUUUUUAGUCUCGCAUACGAAACAGAUGAACUAAGUUCAGAGUAUAUUCAUUUCUCUACCAACUCUUACCAGCUAUAUAUUUUUUCCAGCCUGUGAUAUUGUCAUUUUAAGAGGGCGCUUGUGUCGCAUAAUUGAAUUGGCUGUGAUGAUUGCUGGGAAUGGCUGCGUGUUUGAAAGCGACGUUCGUAGUGUUAGCAAUAAGCUGUAAUAUCCGACAGCGUAACUUAGACAUGACUUCCUCAGUAUACGGAGGCGAUAGCAUUGGUGCUAGCAUACCCUGCCCGGAGCGCGGAGGAGGAGGAGCGGCCUAAGUGUGGAGCAUUGAACGUGCUCUGUAUGCAAACCUCAGUUGACACACGCCUUUGCCUAAGCAAACAUGUCGCCCAGCGCAGAGCGGCGGGGCCGGGCCUGUGUCAGUAUGUGCACCGAGCGAGGGAGAGCUAUGCAAAUGGCAAUGUAGGUAUUCUGUUGUCAUUGCUGGGGCGUCAAGCUGACUCCCAAGAGACUUCCAUCCGGAAACUGUGACAGACUGACUGUAAACCUCGCUUUAUGCCAUUUUGCACAGUGAGGCCAAGGCCAGGAAGAGAGAGAGAGAGAGAGAGC